GAAAUAGAUAAUAAAGUUGAUUUGAAGAAAACAUCAAAAAUUGUUGGAGAUUUUGAUGUUUUGAAGAAAAAUGUUGAAGGAAAUUCUAAUAAGACGACGAAGAUGAAUGAUAAUGAUGUUAAAAAUAAUAGUUUUGAAAAAAGAGUUGAAGAAACUAUUAAUGUUGUUGUCAAAAAAUCUAAUAAUAAAGAUUUUGAAAUAAAUAAUAAAGUUGAUUCGAAGAAAACAUCAAAAAUUGUUGUAGAUUCUGAUGUUUUGAAGAAAAAUGUUGAAGGAAAUUCUAAUAAGACGACGAAGCUGAAUGAUAAAGAUGUUAAAAAUAAUAGUUUUGAAGAAAGAGUUGAAGAAACUAUUAAUGAUGUUGUAAAAAAAUCUAAUAAUAAGGAUUUUGAAGCAUUUGAGGUAUAUAAGGAAAUAUUACAAUGUGGUGAAGAUAUAAAAUGUGGAAAAGAAAAUAUUAAAAAGAAAUCAAAUGCUGAUUUGGAAAAUGCAAAAGGUUCAAAGAAAAUUUCCAAAAAACGUAAUGGGAAGUCUAAAUCGAAUGAAAAUGAUCAAAAUAUUAAUAAAAAUAAAAGUUUUGAAAGAAGAAUUGAUGAAACAAUUGAUGAAGUAAUUAAAAACUCAAAAAACGAUUAUGAUUCUCAAAAAAUUAAUGAGAAUGAAUCAAUUAAGACUUUAAAACCACAAGAAAGCGUAGAAAUUGAAAAUAAUUUAGAUACAAUUUUGACCUCUACACCUAAAUUAACCAGAAAACAUCAAAACGAAAUUUUAACUCAAGAAAUUCUAGACAUUAUUAACAACGUUGAAGAAACUAGAAAAAAUAAACUAAUGCAAAGAUUUAUGAAAGGUGAGACAUCAAAAUCCAUUGGGAAUCAUGAUGAUUUAAAGGGAGAUGUUAAAAAGAAUGCAACAAAAAUUUAUGAAAAGCGAAAUAGCAUUGAGACAUUUUUAACAUCAACCCCAAAAAGUAAUCAAAAUGAAUUGAUUUUAUCAAAAAAUCAAGAAAAAGAGGGUUUGAAUGAAAUUUUGACGAAAGAAAUUAUUGAAAAUGAUGAAUCUAAAAAAGAUAAAAUAAAUAAAAAGUCUAAAAAGUGCGAGGUAACAAAAUCCGAUGAAAAUUGUGGAGGUGUUACAAAGAAAGGGGUAAAAAUAACAAGAAUUGAUGAAAAGGGAACUAAUUUAGAUACAGAUUUGAUGGCAACGCGAAAAAGUAAUCAAGAUGAAUUGAUUUUAUCAAAAAAUCAAGGAAAAAAGGGUUCAAAUGAAAUUUCUACUCAAGAAAUUAUUGAUGUUAUUGAAAGUGUUGAUGAAUCUAAAAAAGAUAAAACAAAUAAGACAUCUAAGAAGGGCGAGGUGGCUAAAUUCAAUGAGAAUUGUGAUGAUUUAAAAGGAGGUGGUAAAAAGAAAGAGGUAAAAACAACAAGAAUUGAUGAAAAGGGAACUAAUUUAGAUAUAGAUUUGAUGGCAACGCAAAAAAAUAAUCAAGAUGAAUUGAUUUUACCAAAAAAUCAAGGAGAAAAGGGUUCGAAUGAAAUUUCUACUCAAGAAAUUAUUGAUGUUAUUGAAAGUGUUGAUGAAUCUAAAAAAGAUAAGACAAAUAAAAGAUCUAAGAAGGGCGAGGUGGCUAAAUCCAAUGAGAAUUGUGAUGAUUUAAAAGGAGGGGGUAAAAAGAAAGGGGCAAAAGCAGCAAAAAAUGAUGAAAAGGAAAAUGAUUUAGAUACAGUUUUGAUGUCUACAACAAAAAGUAAUCAAGAUGAAUUGAUUUUAUCAAAAAAUCAAGGAGAAAAAGGUUCGAAGGAAAUUUCUACUCAAGAAAUUAUUGAUGUUAUCGAAAGUGUUGAUAAAUCUAAGAAAGAAAAAAGGAUUAAGAGAUGUAAGAUAGAUGAGGUGGCUAAAUCUGUUGAGAAUUGUGAUAAUUUAAAGGAAGGUGGUAAAAAGAAAGGGUUAAAAGCAACAAAAAUUGAUGAAAAGGGAAAUAAUUUAGAUGUUUUGAUGUCAACCUCAAAAAGUAAUCAAGAUGAAUUAAUUUCUCCAAAAGAUGAGGGAGAUAAAAGUUGUAAUGAAAUUUCUACUCAAGAAAUUAUUGAUGUUAUUGAGAGUGCUGAUGAAUCUAAAAAAAAUAAAAGAAUUAAGGGAAGUGUUAAAAAGAAAGGGUUAAAAGCAGCAAAGAUUGAUGAAAAGGAAAAUAAUUUAGAUACAUUUUUGACAUCAACACCAAAAAGUAGUCAAGACGAAUUGAUUUCUCCAAAAGAUCAGGGAGAGAAAAGUUGUAAUGAAAUUUCUACUCAAGAAAUUAUUGAUGUUAUUGAGAGUGUUGAUGAAUCUAAAAAAGAUAAAAGAAUUAAGGGAGGUGUUAAAAAGAAAGGGAUAAAAGCAGCAAAGAUUGAUGAAAAGGAAAAUAAUUUAGAUACAUUUUUAAGUAAUCAACAUGAACUGAUUUCUCCUAAAAAUCCGGAAGAUAAAGUUUCUUAUGAGAAAGAUGAGACAUCAAAAUCCGUUGGAAAUUGUGAUGAUUUAGAGAAAAGUAUUAAAAAGAAAGAUAUUUCGACACCAAUAACGCCUAAAUUAACAUCAGAAAGUGAUAAAAUUACAUCGAGUUCUUCAAUGAAUCAAGAACCAAAUAAUAAAGAUCAUGAAUCAAAUCAAGAUUUAAAGAAUGAAGACGUGGUGGAAUUAGAAAAGAAAUUACAAAGUAAAGAAAAUGUACAAAUUGGGAAUGAAUUGGAAAGAAAAGUUGUUCCAAACAGAAGAUCCCCAAGAAUAAAACAACCUACCAUUAUAAAAAAAUUGAGCCUUAAAAAACUUAAAUCUUCUGAUGAUGUAGAAAAGGAUGGGAAAGAAAAUUUAAGUCAACAAGAUGAAAUUCGUUGCGAAUCUGUAAAUAUUGCAAACGUUAAAAAUAUAAAUCCAGAUUUAAUUGGACAAACUGAAGCCAUCAAAAAAAAUAAUGUUCAUGUAUCUCCAAGAAAAUCGCCAAGAUUAAAAUCUAAAACAUCUUUAGAUAAAUCAGAAAAUAUAAAUGUUGAAAAUGAUGAAAGUUCUUUAAUUAAAUCAGAAAAAGAAGAAUUAAAUAAGUCACUUGAUGAUGAAAAUGUAUUAAAAAAACGUAAAAAACCAUCAUCUCCUAAAAAGGACGUUAAAAAAAUUAAAAUAAAUUUAGAUUUUUUGACACCACGAGAUAAAAGUAAGAAAAACGAUAAAGAAAAUUCUAUCUUAAAUUAUUUAACAAAUUCAAAAAACUCCGAUGAUCUUAAUAGAGAAAGUAAACCAGAAAACGAUUCAAAUAAAUCAAAAGAAACAAUUUCAUUUCCUGAGAUAACUUCCCAAGAAAUUUUUGAUCAAGAAAAUGAAGUUUGUAUAACAAAGCAUAAACGAAAAAAUAUGAUUGAAGACGCAAUAAUUGCUAAACAAGCUGAAAUUUUAAACGAUGCGAUUACCAAUCAAUUAGAAGCUAAUAAUUCUGAUAUAAAUGAAGAUGUUGUUACAAAUACAAGUAUUAGUUUACUUAUUCCAGAAACGACCGUUUCGGAAUAUAUAGGAAAUGAAUUUGGUGAAUCUUUAUUUGUUAAUUGUGGUGAAGAAAUUUCUGAAGUAAACGAAACCAAUGAAUUGGAAUCAGAUGAAACGAUUAAAAGAAAAAGUUAUGAAUCGGAUGUUUCGAAAAAAUUUAAAUCAUCCCCAAAACAAACUGUUAUUAAGAAAAAAUCUAAAAAAUUACCUUCAAAUAGAAACAUUUUCGAAGAUUCUGUUGAUGAAUCAAGUUCAAAUGAAUCUGUUGCUGAUGAAAAAAUGAUUCGUUUAAUUGAAAAAGCAGUUGAACGAGUUUUAGAAAGGAAAUUUGGAAAAAGAAAAAAGAAGCAAUUGAAUAAUUCGAGAGAUUCCAAAAGAUUUAAAAAAGAUUCUUUUAGUUCAAAUGAAAGUAAAUGUCGUUCAGAAAAAAGAAAAUUAACCCCUGGACCACAAAAGAAAAUCAAAAAGGAUAAUAAAAAGAAAUAUCUUAUUAUUAAAAAUACCGAUUCAAAUGACUCAACAAGUGAAAAUGGUGAUACAAGUGAUCAAGAUUUUGGAGAAAAACGAAUUUCAAAUUUAAAUUCUAAUAUAUCUAAUUUAAGUUCUAAUUCUUCUAAUGGUUGCUCUUCUAAACAAUCUUCACUUGAUAUUCGAACAUCUUUAGUAAUGAAAUGUUUAGAUACGAUUCAUACGACAAAGACGAAUCGUCGAAAAAUCAUCGAAGAAUCAUCGUCAAGUAAUAAUAGUGAUAUAGAACCGGAUGAAGUUAGCAAUGAAUUUAUUGAUGCUAUUUCAGAAGCUCAGUUUCAUAUGAAUACCUCAUCAUCACGUUAUGAUACGAUAAGAGGAUUACAAAUAAAAAUAGAUUUUGAAGUUCCCGAACUUCAUAAAGUAACAACAAGAAUUUCAAGAGGAUUGAUUACAAAACACCAACAAGAUGUAUUGAACGAAAAAAAUAUUGAAAUCUUGAAAGAUCAUUAUUCAUCAAAAGAAGAUUUUUUAAUUUACACCAAUUUCAGUCGAUUUUGUGAAGUACAUAACUUAGAAAACAAUCCUUCACCCUUUUUAAAACUUUCGUCAAAUAAACGUAGUUUGCUUACACCAACGCAAAAGGUCAAAUUCCUUCAAUUUAUUGGAAAAGGUUUGGAUCAAAGACCAUUAUGUUCAAUAUAUUUAAGAUUUAAAAACUUGAUGGCGAAAAGAAAAAUGGGAAAAUUUACACAAGAAGAAGACGCUGUCGUUUUAAAUUGCGCUAACAAAUUGAACAAAACAAAAUUGGCUGCUUUGGAAUAUAUUCUUCGACGUCCAAAAGCGUCGAUUUUAAAACGUUAUGAAGAAUUAACCUCAAACAAUGUAGAUAUGAUGUGAUACUGAAAAUAAAAAUUAAUCUUUACUUUAUAGGUAUAAACUGAUUAUGAAAAUAAACUAAUAAUAAAAUACA